AUGGCACUCAAGUCUCUCUAUGUAUGUGCUAUUAUCUAUGCCAUCUUUCCGCAUCUAGCAGUAUCGACAGCUACAUCGGAGGCGGGUAAUGAUUUCAUCACCGCGAUCUACUAUUCUUCAUGGUCUUAUCCAAAUCAGGCACCAUCGGAUAUUCCCUUGUCAAGAAUAACGCAUAUUUUUUAUGCUUUUGCCGGAAUGAAUCAGCAUACCAAAAAUAUUGCUUUUGAAAAAGCAGGCGUUGAACUUCACCAAGGGAUACCUUUUGAAACAGAUGCUUUGAGAAAUGACAUUAACGAUUUAACCAGUCUCUGCAACUCUGAUGAUGUAGAUUCCAUCCAGUACAGGGAUCUUCCAUGGGUCGGUAGCUAUUUGCAAAACAGUGCCCAAUUCCUGUUGGACUUCCAUAUUAAUGCUAGUGGAAUAGUUGGACAGCUUGGUCAGAUAAGGCAACUCAACCCUAGAUUGAAGGUUUCUUUGUCUAUUGGAGGUGAUGGUGCAUUUAAAGAGUGGAAGAAAAUGGCAAGUAAGAUUUCCUACAUUGAACAAUUUGUAGGCAAUGUUGUUGCAAAUAUAGAAAAGUUCAACUUUGACGGUGUAGACAUUGAUUGGGAAUUUCCUUCUACUAAAAGGGAGUCAAUAAUGCUAACUAAUGUUGUCAAAUAUUUCCGUUUCUAUUUAGAGAAGAAAUAUCCUCGAGAACAUAAGAUCUUAACGGUAGCUAUUCCAAUGGAUGUCCAAUCUUUGACACUAUUUCAAUUUCAGAAAAUUGAUAAAUAUGUUGAUUUUUAUAACCUAAUGGGAUAUGAUGCAUCUGGUAAAUGGAGCAGAGUAUCAGGUUACCAUUCACCUCUUUAUCCAGAUUCCAAGAUUCCGGGAUCAUCAUUAUCAGUCGACACCGCAGUUCAGUUCCUUUCUAAUUAUAUCAAUAGCUCAAAAAUCAUUUUAGGAAUGCCUGCAUACGGUGUUUCCUUUAAUACUGAUAAAAUGUAUGAUAAAUUUACAGAUUGCGCCAAAAUUAGACUCAGUCACACUACAAAUGAUGUUGAUGAAAGUAGUACUGAUAAUUAUAAUGACUAUACUAAUGAUUGCAUUGUUGAUUAUGUGAAUCUUCCACCUCCGGGGUAUGUUGAAGUAGAGGACCUUCGAAUUGGUUCUUCAUACGCAUAUAGCACAGUAAAGGAACGCAAAGGAAUUAUUGUUUAUGAUACACCAAACAUAGCAAGAGUCAAGGCAAACUAUGUUGUGAGAAAUGGGUUAGGAGGUGGUAUGUGGUGGGAUUCUAAAGGAGAUCCCUUGACAAAAAAUACUUCUAGGUCUUUGGUUUACAAUUUUAUCGAUGAAUUGGGAGGUAUUUUAAAAUUAACUUCAAACAUAACUAUGUUUUCUGAGCUACGCCCACAAUUUCGAGGUGGAAUAGUAUCCCAACCAGUAACUGAUCAAGAUUUUCAAAUAAGUCAUGCUUCUCCGAACUUCUCUGUUUAUAACAUUGGGAGAAUAAUUUGGUUGUGCCUAUUUUACUGCACUUUCUUUAGCUAG